ACAGCACUAGACCCCUGCCCCAGCCACAGAGGUAUCCUGGGGGAAGGGGGAGUUGCCCCGCCCUUUGACCCCCGGGAUGCUGAUUAAUGAGGCGGCCCAUAGGCGGCUGGGCGGAGCCGCGCCCCUCCGACGGUCCUAGGCACACGCUCCAGAGCGCGGCUCCCCGGGCGGCCAUGGAGCGUCUGGUGAGAGUGAAAACUUGGGUGGAGGAGAACCGGGCCUCCUUCCUGCCCCCGGUCUGCAACAAGCUCCUGCACCAGAAACAGCUCAAAAUCAUGUUCGUCGGGGGCCCCAACACGAGGAAGGACUACCACAUCGAGGAGGGUGAGGAGGGCCACUUCCACACCUCUCCAGGCCGCCCGCUUCUCACAACCCACCUCACUGGAGACCGUUUUCCUCUGUGGGAAAAAUCAGCAGGAAAAUCCAAAAUGACAGAGAGAAGACAGGAUUGGAUUGGGAAUGGCCGCAGUAGAGGAGACAAGGUGUUUUACCAGUUGGAGGGUGACAUGGUUCUCCGAGUCCUGGAGCGAGGGAAGCACCGGGAUGUGAUCAUUCGGCAGGGAGAGAUAUUCCUCUUGCCUGCCAGGGUCCCCCACUCUCCACAGAGGUUUGCCAACACCGUGGGGCUGGUGAUUGAGCGGAAGCGGCUGAAAACGGAGUUAGAUGGGCUCAGGUACUACGUGGGGGACACCACAGACGUCCUGUUUGAGAAGUGGUUCUACUGCGAGGACCUUGGCACACAGUUGGCUCCCAUCAUCCAGGAGUUCUUCAGCUCUGAGCAGCACAGAACGGGAAAGCCAAACCCCGACCAGCUGCUCAAGGAACCGCCGUUCCCGCUGAGCACACGAUCCGUCAUGGAGCCCAUGUCCCUGGAGGCCUGGCUGGAUGGCCACCACAGGGAGCUGCAGGCUGGCACACCCCUCAGCCUGUUUGGGGACACCUAUGAGACCCAGUUUGUCACUGGCACAUCCCUUGUAGUCUGAAUUCGACACUCCCAUGAAGGGAUGCUCACUGGAUACAGACCCACCCUUAGAGGCCCGACCAGCAGACCCCGAGAGCUUUCACAGGGCUGUGAGAGCUGGCACACACCACAAAGCCCCUCCCACCCCAUCAGGCAACGUCAUUCAGCACCCAGCUGGCCUCAUGUCCCUGCCUUCCACCUCCUUCACACCCCUGCUCCUACCUGCUUCAGUUUACACCCACGACUCUCUACUGAGUCCCACUCUGGGCCAGCGGGAGCGCGGCCUGCACAGUAGCUGUGGGCUUCUGGGCUGACGCAGGUCAGAGAGGGACAGCCUCCCUCUUGCUCAUCCCCUCCCAUCUCCCUUCUCCUCCUCCUUAGGCCAGAAUCUCACAGAGGAAGGGGGUGGCACCCUUUGGGGAAACGCGUGUGUGCACUACAUGGAGCUGCACUAUGCCGUGUACACAUGUGUGUGUGUCCCUGGUGUGCCCCUGGCAGGCAUGCCUUCAUACGGGUCAGCAACAGUUGUGACAUGUGUAAGGGGACCAGAUGUGCACAUGCAUAUGAAGGGCAGGCACCUGUGAUCCCGAAGGCAGGUGGGCAGCCCCCGUCGUGAUGAAGGCAGCUUUCCUCUCCAAGUCCUGGUUGCAUUGCGGGCCCCACCCUGCCUCACAUAGGCCUGGUGACUGGGGGCCAGGUUCAAGGCCAUCUCCUACGUGGGGCACAAAGCACCAGGAAGAUCUGUGUCACUUC